AUGGCCGAUUACCAGCGGUUACCCGAGAACAAACAAAAUUCAUCGCCAGUUUACAAUUUUCAAUAUAGAAACGAACAUCUGUCAUCCGCUGCAUCGACGGUGAAAAGUUCCAAGUUGACACGAAACGCAUAUAGUUCGGGUUUACCGAACUUAAAGCGAAGAUACAUCCCUUCUUUGUACCACAAUCAAGACAAAGAACUGACGCAAAAAGUGAAAGAAUUCCUCGAAAAGCCACCUUUAAACUCACAAGAGUAUUUUGACAUGUUAUGGCUACGGAGACGAAGUGAACCAUUUGGAAACAGGGACGAAGCUGGUACACGUAUCGUUAACAGUGCGCGAAGCUCACCAGAUGAAGUGACGAAAAAACUUUGGCAUUUGUUACCCGAGAAUCAAACCAUACAAUCUAUGAUUCUUCCACCAAUACGAGAUGGCUGCGUUCCUAAGUUUCAUAGCAAACACUCGUCCAAGACAGUCCCCUUAAUUGAUCCCUCUGUGAACGUUAUGGACCAGCUGAAAUAUUGCCGAUAUCUCAGAGCCAAACCUGUAAGAUUCCAAGCAUGGGAAGGCAGGAACCAAGACAUCAAUACGUGA